AAUCAGGUUGCUGUUCUCUGGCUUUUGCCUCGAUUCUUUCCUUCUCUCCAUUUCGAUUUCGCUUCAUUCCUUCGAAUGACUCCCGUUGUCUGCCAUUAGUAUAUUUAAUUAUUUCGGUUCUUCUUUCUCCAUUUCUCGGCUUGCGACCUCAUCCCGUCAGCCUCAAACUUUCGGACAGCAAGGAAACACGUAUUCCUCGCUCGAUCGUGCAUCUGAAAAUUGAGACAAUAGUUUCAAGCAACCACAUAAUCCGCGACCAUGUCGUUCGACCUCAAGCACAUCCCUCUUCCAACCAUCGAUCGCCCAUUCGGCAUCGAAUUAUGGCCAAUCUUCAACAAGGCCUUCGAGGCCGUCCGCGGCUAUCCUGCAGAAGAUUUCCGCUUCGUCAAUGGAGAGACACCAAUGUCCACUUUUAGUGAGACCGCCAUUGCCCUGGUCACAUACUACGUUGUUAUCUUCGGUGGCCGUGAAGUUAUGAAGAAGCUCCCAGCGUUCAAACUCAACUUCCUUUUUAUGGUCCACAACUUUAUUCUCACUGCUGUGAGUGGAAUACUGCUUGUUCUCUUCCUUGAGCAGCUUAUUCCUACUCUUUACCAUCACGGUGUCUUUUAUGCCAUUUGCGAUCACAAUGGUGGAUGGACUCAGCCAUUGGUUGUUUUGUACUAUCUCAAUUACCUCAACAAGUACCUCGAAUUCAUUGACACUGUCUUCCUCGUCUUGAAGAAGAAGCCUUUGACUUUCCUCCACACCUAUCACCAUGGUGCUACCGCUCUAUUGUGCUGGACUCAGUUGAUCGGACUGACUUCGGUCUCUUGGGUUCCUAUCACUCUCAACUUGGCCGUGCAUGUUGUUAUGUACUGGUAUUACUUCCAGAGUGCUCGUGGUAUCCGUAUCUGGUGGAAGAAGUACAUCACCAUUUUCCAGAUCAUUCAGUUCGUUAUCGACCUCUUCUUCAUCUACUUUGCUUCCUACACUUACUUCUCCAGCACAUACUUCCCAUGGGCCCCUAACAUGGGGACCUGUGCUGGUGAGGAGUUUGCCGCAUUUGCCGGCAUGGGCAUUCUCACUUCCUACCUCGUCCUGUUCAUCUCCUUCUACUUGGUCACCUACAAGAAGGCAGCCAAGACUGGCCGCCCUCGCAGCAACACUGGUCGCCAGGCUCUUAUUGACAUGAAGGAUGCCGAAGUUCCUAGUCCUAUCGCUGCCGGUCGCAAGGCCCAGGCUUCUUCCAAUGGAGCAACAACAACUGGACGCCAGGGACCUGUUACUCGCUCUCGCAAGGCGUAAACGCUGAACAGGGGAUCAGAUUGUGCAUUUUAUCCGGAUUGAGCUCGAAAUAUAGGCAACUAUAUUCAUUGAUUGAGUUUAUACGGACAAGCAAUCAAGGAACUGCAAUAAGGAACUACAACAAGGUACAAUGCACAUUAUGUGCAUCAUGAACCUAGUGCGAAGUCCGUUACGCAACAAAUCUAUUUUCAUCUAUUCGACUGUAUUCUAUAUUACAGAUAUUACACGUUUAAUGAGCGACGGUUACGGCUGGGUUGAUUCUCGAUUGAGAUCAUCCACCAAAAAUUAUAAUACGGGAACAAAAUCAUUGGGUCGAUUCUAUGCAUCGAAGGGGAGCAUAUCGAAUGGAACGGCACCGGCGGAACUAUGUUCUAGAUCCUUUUUCUUCUCUUUACUCGCCAACUUCUUGCUUUUUGUAUUAUUGUAUAUGGUUUCUUAUUAUUUUUCGGGCAUUUUCUCGCGUCUGACUCAUUGAUUGUUGGCCGUAAUUUGAGGUAUGCUCUGUUACGCUUGAACGCUCAUGUUUCGAAAGACUUGUAUGUCGAUAAUCUGUAUUGUACGCACUAGAAAUGGAGAAUUGAACAAUGAC